GUGACGCCUCCAGCAGCUGAAAUCACGUGACUUGCCCUUGUUUGUUGUACUUCCUGAUCAACGCGAAUCAAAAACAAAACGGCAAAAUUUUUUGGACCAGAUCGAUUCUGAAGACGAGAACAGGAUUUUUGGGGAGUCCAGCCCCCCCAGUCUGAGGCCUAAAGGCUUUUGUUCUAUCGGAGAAGUGAGCGGGAGACUCAUUUUAGCGGGAAAUCAGCGUCAGUGACUCAGUCAGUCCGGUUUAGUUUGGUGUUUCCGUUAAAGUCAGCAGUAGAUCUUUAGCGGACAAAAAUGUCCAAAUACACGAGCUUCCCGGAGCCGGCGGAAGACCAGAACCCGUUCCAGGAUCCUGCAGUGACUCAGCACAGCAGCGCUGACCCGGGAUAUGCCACCCUGGACCUCUACAACCCCUUUGACAGCACAGCAGCGCCCCCCCCUCCCUAUGAAGCUGCCCCUCCCACUGUUCCACCUGCCCCUGUAAAGACCCCCACCGAGCCGAAAAACUACGGAUCCUAUAACUCUCAGCCUGCGGUCAACGCCGCCACCUCUGACCUCCUGAGGAAGCAGGAGGAGUUGGAGAGGAAGGCCCAGGAGCUGGAGAGGAGAGAGCGGGAGCUGCAGUCGCACAGCCUCGGACCUGGAGCCACUCGGCAGAAUAACUGGCCCCCGCUGCCGUCCUUCUGCCCCGUGGGACCCUGCUUCUACCAGGACAUCGACGUGGAGAUCGCCCAGCGCUUCCAGCGGACCGUCAGCACCAUGUACUACUUCUGGAUGGUCUGCGCCGGCGCGCUCCUCUUCAACCUGAUCUCCUCCUUCGCCAACUUCUGCAGCGACCCGUCAGGAGGAGGCGUUGGCUUGGGCCUCUCCAUCCUCUGGGCCCUCCUCUUCACCCCGUGCUCCUUCGUGUGUUGGUAUCGGCCGGUGUACAAAGCCUUCAGGACUGACAGUUCCUUCAACUUUUUCAUCUUCUUCUUCAUUUUCUUUGCUCAAGUGUGCGUCUUUGUGAUCAUGACCAUCGGUAUCCCUGGAUGGGGAUUCAGUGGUUGGAUUGUGAGUCUGGCUGCUCUAAGGACAAGCACAGGCGUGGGCGUGAUCAUGGUCAUGAACGCCAUCGUCUUCACUGGACAGGCGGCGAUGGGUGUCGUCAUGCUGAAGAAGAUCCACAGCCUGUACAGGCAAACCGAUGCCAGCUUCCAGAAGGCGCAGGCGGAGUUCGCCUCCGGGGUCAUGUCCAAUCAGGCUGUGCGGCAGGCGGCCGUCUCCGCCGCCCAGGGGGCCUUCACCGCGCCCCGGUAGACGGGAGCGCCGGGGCGGCAGAGCGAGGCUCCGGCGCCCUCUAUCCGCUUUGUGAAGUCUACAAGUCGGGGCUCUGGUGUCAGAUGGGGGUCUGGUCCCUGGAAGGGUUCAGGACUUGUGUCUGUCAGUGCCAAACAAGUGAAGGAAACCUUCACAUAAAUGUAAAAACCAAGAAGAUGUUUGAAUUUUGAUGUUUAGAGUCUGUGAAUGCAUGAACCGAACUGCGUGCCAAGUGGAGAAAGUUAAGACGCUGAUCACUUUUCAGCCGGACGCCGCCGGAUGUUCCUCUGAUCCUCUGAGGAGAGCUUUGGCUGCAGCCGACGCUCUGCCAGAGCGCUUUCGUGUCCGCUAACAACCUGUUCCUGUAGAAAACCAAGCCUGUGAUGUUUCUGAUAUGAAUCCUCUGACGUGUUUCCUUCACUGUUCUGUGGGUGCAGCUUCAGAUUAUUGUUGUUGAUCACAUCCUGAUUUUAAUAAAUCAACAUUGUCUUGCUUUCUCAUUGA